UGCACUAAACGCGAAGAAAAGCAGGCUGGUAAACUUCAGACCAGCAGACCAGACACUUUCCUUUGAAUACUCUGUUCAGUACCUGAAGAAGAACCGUGUGGAGCGCCGAAUAGAAAUUCAGCACCUAGGAGAGCUCCAAGUAUCCCUUGAGCAAAAAUCACCAUUGCCGUAUUUUUGAAGAACUCCAAAGCCCGUCUUCUGGCUUUCCCAGGUCCAAAGAGAUGGAACACAGAAGGAGCUCCCAUCUUCUCCUCUUCUUUACACUCCUCUAUGUUUUCUGCUCUCAAGCCAUUGCCUUGCCUCCUUUAGGAUCAUACUCAGCUAUGAGACUAGGAAACAGAAUGCCAUUUGAUGGAGCAAGUGAAUCGGAUCACGUCCAAAGUUCGUUAAAACCCGAGGCUGACAUUCUUCAAACUACCGUACCUGAAAAUGAGAAGUUCUAUUUUGAUAUGUCCAGAGCUAUUGACAGAAACACAAGACAUGCUGAUGGACUCUUUACAAGUGGCUACAGCAAACUUUUGGGUCAACUUUCUGCGAAAAAGUAUUUGGAAUCCCUGAUUGGAAAAAGGAUUGGAAACAACAACCCCCUUGAUGAGCAGGUGCCAGUCAAACGUCACUCAGAUGCUGUCUUCACUGACAACUACAGCCGUUUACGAAAACAGAUGGCAGUGAAGAAGUACCUGGACUCUGUUUUAACUGGGAAAAGAAGUCAAGAAGAUCUCAACCCAUCCAGCCUUCGAGAUGAAGUGGAAUUGCUUGAACCAGCCUUCUUAGAAAACUAUGAUGAUGUCACUGUAGAUGACCUGGGGCUUCUGAACCACCUCCCACUGAACCUCUGAAGACAACUCAUUAAAAAAAAUCCUGCAAAAAAAAAAAAUCCUAAAAAAAGAUCAAGCUAUUUUUUGAGUUUCUCAUAGUAUUUCAAAGAGAUGAUUUCAUUAUUUAAAUCAAAACAAAUAUCUUGUGGAGUGAAAUUGGUGAUAUUUUUUGUUUCUUAUAUAAUAAAAGUGGAUGUUUACACUGUAAAUAAUAACUUUAGAGUGAUCUGACUGUACAUAUGUAUGCUUGUUUAACUCGUACAAAUUCUGUGUCUUCUGAUGCUGUAAGUCUGUUACCUUGACGCCUGCAGUUUCAGGAAAGACAAGUAAUGCAGAGGAGCAAAAUACAUCAAGUUGCUUCUUAUACUUGAUAUAGAAAAUCAGUCAGUGCUGGUUAUUUAUCCCUUUAACACUUGACUACCACGUUCAGCCAUUAAUUAAGGAAGUUAAAGAGUUACCAGUGAGAGAACAUUCAAUGUUUUCAAUACAUUAAGGACUGCAAAUCACUAGAAACAUCAGAGUUGUCACCAAAUUUUGCAUAAAAGAUAUUUAAGAUGAAUAAGAAGGAUUCUUCAGUGACAAAUCCCUGGUAGGAAUUCCUCUGAAUGUUGACCAAUUGUUGAUAUGACUUGCAACAUUUCUCAAACAAGUUUUUCACGCCUAGUUGCUGCUAAUUUUUUCCUAAACCAAUCAAUCAAUUUAUUUAUUGUUUUGACCACAGGUCAUAACAAAUAUUUUUUCUUAAAACACAGUUCCAGAGAGAUCUUGAAAGACUUACUAAGGCAAAAGCCUAGUGAUAUAAUGACCGAAAUAUUCACUUUUUUGUUUAUUUCCUUACAUUGCAUAAUUAGACUAAUUGCACAGACAGACAAUAUCUUCUCCUCUGUACAUACUUGAAUACAGUGUACAAAUGCAUUUAGUGAAAAAUGGUUUUGCUCAUUAAAAAAAAACAUGUUAGAAAGAUCAUCUACUCAAAUACAAGGGCACAACUUUGGAUGGAUUUUUAGUAGGAGGUUACCUUAUUAUUCAAAUUGUGGAAUAUUUUCAUAAUCAAGGAAAUAAACUAAAGCCAGGUACUUUGUAUUAGCCUGGAUCUUUUCCCUGAAAUGAAAUGACAGAACUGUUUGACUGAACAUUCAAUGUAAGGCACAAUUAUGAAAAGCAAACUUUACCCCUUGAAUUGUUUCUAAAGUUUAGAACUUUAGAAAAGUUCUAAAACCAUUAUCCAAGAAUUACUCUGCAUUUGCCCUGAGAUACUGUAUGUUGACUGAUGAAAGCAUUGCUAGUAGAUUAAAAAGUAGGAUUGGAGACACUUGGCUUUUUUCCAAAACGAAUGUAACCAGUGAAAUAUGCAGACAAUAAAAACUUAUUAUUGCUGCAAAUACCUUUGGUUCAAUUCAAUGCAGCAGUAAUCUAAUGGUCAAGUGGCAGAGCCCAAACCAUUUCUUUCAUGUAUAGCUAAUUAUAACCCUGACAA